AUGGACAUGUCACAAGAUGCCACCUACUACGGGCACGUGGAGGAAGUUUCUGCUCCGUGGCAUACACACCUGAGAUAUAAACUGAAUGCUGAAGUCAGUAGCAGAAAGAAGACAUUCACUGAGGUUCAGAAAGAACGACUGGAGCAAGCAGAACGGACUAUUUUAAUUAAGUGCCCACCAAAAAUUAAUGAGAAAAAAUUGUUGCAAUAUUUGUCCAGUCACGGAAACAUUAACAGUCACUUCUUUUUUGAAAAUCAUGGUAUCCAUGCCUUAAUAGAAUUUUCCGAAAGGAACAGUAUAGCCUCAUUACAGGAUGUUAUUGGAAUCCCAGGUGCUACAGAACGUCAUGUUGUUCCGUUUAGAUCUAGACUUUUUACUUUCACACUGAAAAACCCAGUGAGCCAAGCUGCUGCUGAGACACCAAUUCACCUCUCUCCUCAGUCGCACAUUCCAGUGAAAGACCUUAUUGAAAAGCUUUGUGUCGCUGACAGUAUAAGCAGUCAGAUGUACGCUCUUCUGAAUGAGUAUCAGCUUACAGAAGAAAAUAUCAAGCUCCGAUUUUUGGCCUGUUCUCUGGUUCGGGAUUUCACACGUGCAUAUUUUCCAGACAGCGUGGUAAAGCCAUUUGGCUCUUCAGUCAACACCUUUGGUAAAUUGGGAUGCGAUGUGGACAUGUUUCUGGACUUUCACGAAACAACAAAGCAAGCUACAAAAAUGAAAAAAGGUCCCUUUGAAAUGGAGUAUCAGAUGAAAAGAUUACCGUCUGAAAGAUUAGCGACUCAGAAGAUUCUGUCUGUGAUUGGUGAUUGCCUUGAUCAUUUUGGUCCUGGAUGUGUGAGCGUACAGAAGAUACUCAACGCUCGCUGCCCACUGGUGAAAUUUUCCCAUCAGCCAACAGGAUUCCUAUGUGAUCUGUCAGUGAGCAACAGCAUUGCUAUAAGAAGUUCAGAACUGUUGUAUAUCUAUGGUUGUCUUGAUCCCCGUGUAAGAGCGCUGGUGUUCAGUGUACGAUGUUGGGCCCGUGUUCAUGGACUUACAAAUAGUGUUCCUGGUGCCUGGAUUACAAACUUCUCUCUAACAAUGAUGGUCAUGUUUUUUCUGCAAAAGAGAUCACCACCUAUCAUUCCAACACUAGACCAACUUAGAGAACUAGCAGGUGAAAAAGACAAGCACAUAAUUGGAGGUUAUGAUUGCUCAUUUGUUAGUGAUUUAAGCAAGAUCAACCCUACAAAAAAUACAGAAACACUUGAUGUAUUGCUGUGUGACUUUUUUGAAUAUUUUGGAAACUUUGAUUUCAGAAAGAAUUCCAUAAAUCUUCGAAAGGGAAAGGAAGUAAAUAAACCUGAGUCGUCUCCUCUUUAUAUCUGGAAUCCCUUUGAACAAGACCUUAAUAUCAGCAAGAAUGUUAAUCAGCCCCAGCUGGAGAAGUUUGUCGCUUUGGCCAGAGAAAGUGCCUGGAUUUUACAGAAGGAAGAUAAAACUCAGCGAAUGGUCAGUAAAGAGCCCUGGGGACUGGCAGCCCUACUGAUACCAUUUGGAAAAAGUAAUCCCAACAAGAUCAAGAGUAGGAUGAAGGGAAUAGGAAGUGAAACAAUCAAAAGUCUCUUGGACUCUUUAAAGUUAAGUAAUGUGAACAAUCUACAAAAAGCAGUGGGAAAAUGACUUUCAGUGUGGAAACACAGUAGCUGCUAUUCUGUUUUAGGAAUUGAAUGCAACGUGCAGUCUGAAGGACAUUACUUUAACAUUUCUAUUAUGGUGAAAUGGAGAGUCAAAUGACUUCUAUUUUCCAUUGCCAUGCUUUUCGGACAAGUCUGCUUUGCUUCUCUGUACGUUAUCUCCUCCUUACUCUCCACUUCUCCAUCUAUGCUAUGAAUGAAGAACAUUCACAUGCAAGUUUUACAGAUACCUUUUGGAAUUAGUCUUCAGUUGGGCAUAGUUUUUAACAAAAAUACUGACAGAAGGACCAUGGGAAAAAGCCUCCAGAAUUCUGUUGGCUAGCGCACAAAUGAUGUGCUAAGCAGAAGCUCCGGAAGUAGCCACCUUUCAGUGAAACCACGGUUUAAAAGAAGAAGAAUGUUAGUUCUGUUGCUUCCGUUGCAGCCACAAUCUGGAAGCCAAUAAAAUCGAAGUGCACGAGUCUAUUUUUGUAACUGUUUUCCGUUCAUGUAGAUAGUGCCAAGACACAAUAAAGAGAAUGGAACUGGAUAAGUAGGGUUUGCAGUUUCAUCAGGCAUUGCUCUCCAGGGAUUCCGCAACUGUUUCAUAUUGGAAAAUUGAUUUGCUCUUGUAUAUGUCACCUGUUCUCAAACUUCUUCAAUCAGGUCUUUUUUUCAUGUCAGUAUUCAUAGGGCUGAUUCCUACCCACAUACAUAUACACUCCUCUGUCAUCUUGCCUUCAACUUCACUUUAAACUGGUAUUUUGGGUUCUGUAAGGGUUUUCUGCAGCCACUUUUUGCCUCAUCUCUCUCCUCAAAGUUGCUGCACACUGGGGAACACCAAAAGCUUCUUCUCAGUUUCCAUAAUCCCUGCAUCUCUCUCUGUCCCUCACAUUAACCCAUAGACAAUCACCUGCCAUUCUUGAAUGCGGUCCUUAGUCCUGCCUUGUUUUUCAGAUACUAAGCAGAGCGCUACCUGUCACCCUCCCAGAUUGGCUUGACCAUCAGAGUCAAUGUCUCUCCUUGGCUUAAAGAUACCAUUGAGUUCUUGGUGUGUCUGCCACAGAAGAGUGUGUUUUGGAGGUAGGGAAGUCAGACAGAAAGGGAGAUGGAGAGCAGAAACAAAUGACAGAUAGAUUGUCUAGGUAGGCUUUUAGGUCUUCUAUCUGCCCAGUUUGAGAGCCACUUAUGUACCCUAAAACUGUGCAACUGUGAUAUGAACACCUAUACAGACUGUUGUCUUUACUCUUAAGAGAAAUUCAGUACAAGAAAUUACAGUAACUCAGAGAACACCAUAUAGAUGAAAUAUUGAUGUUCAUGAUGAGUUUCAUUUUCAAUAUUUUUAGAUUUUUUUUUUUGUGCUGCAGUGGUAUAUGAUUUCAUGUGGAAUUCCUAUCUGUUCGUGUCAUCUGAACUGGUGUGUUAGUAUUAACAGCUGAAAAGAGUGUUUUCUCUUUUUCCUGAGAUACUUAUUGAGCACUUGUGUAAAAUUUCGCAUAUUCAUUAUUUUGGUCAUGGGAAUUAAUUCUCAUAUUAACUUCUUCAAGACUGAGCCUUGAAAUUCAAUUUAAAACCCUGUGCUAGUGAGUGAACGUCUUUUUGGUGGCUUGAAUGAAAUUUAUUGUUACUUUUUACUGGCAUUAAACCAAACUUUUUGGUACUAAGCUUGGCACUAACAUGCUAUGAGGAACCUUGAUCUUUACACAACCUAGAGAGAUGUUUUCUCCAGAAAUAGCUAUUGAAGCUAUUAGGGUGGUACUUGGUUACUUGAUAUUUUUUCCAGUUAAACAGAAUGAGUAAUAUUGCAGUGCAGUAAUAAGAAAAUGGCAUACCAGCAAUGCAAGCCUACACCAGAAUUGUGACAGUGUAUGUGUACUCUUAAGAAUGUACACACACACACACACACACACACACACACACACAUAUAUAGGUUCACUGUGACUUAGAUAAGAAAGAUCUGGUAAGAAUUUUGACACCGAGACACAAGAUGCCUGUGGUCCAAGACCAAUAAACUUAAACAGUUGAGCCAUUCUGAAACAUAUGACUUUGGUCAAAAUGCCUCCUAUGCAAAUGUGCAUAGGCAUUCCAGCUGCUUAGUAUUCCUUAAAAGGGAAGACAGAGCAUGGUUACUAUAUAUGCAGAGCUUUUUUAGCAUCACAGCAUCUGUCUAUUUAAACUCUCUGUUCAUUUUGGGAAAAGUUUGAGCAGCUGUUGUGGCUUCAGGCUAAUUUUGGGAAAGAAAAGAUGGAAGUCAAAAGCAUUGUUGUGGAAAAGAAAACACACAGGUGAUUGCUUUAAGUAUCUGUAAGUCCAGGGAGCUGGAGGCCUACUGCUGAUUACUGUUCUCUGCUCUCGGCUGGUCCUGCAAGUCUGUAGGCUUCACCAUCUUUGGUGUUAUAAACAAGCCAGCCUGGCUGCUUUCAUAGAGGAAGCUGCUAGCUGGGGGUGGAAAGCAAACUGUAAGCUUCUCUGGACUAUCGGUUGCUUCGGGGAGAAGAGCCACAUUGUUGGGACUGGAGCCACCUGUGGGAAGAGAACCAGACAGGGAAGUGGACCAAGGUGUGAAGGGGCGGGCAGGAUGGUUAGCCGCGCAAGGAAGAUAGUGUGAUCAUGAUUUCCUGAGGGCAUAAGCCUUCUCACACUGAAGAGGGCUAGAAACAAUCAGUCUUGCCAAUAUUGUUCUGUCAGUAGAAACAAGGGUUGGAUGUUUGUCAAGAGAGGAGUAUGGAGAUGGUCUGUACUUGAGAGCUUGCUCCUAUGCUCUAAUGAUGUGAAAAUGAUGCCUCAGCAAGAGUGACGCAGUGAGUUAUAGUUACUUCUCAUAAGUUCAAUAAGAGGCUAUGAGAACAGGGAUGGCAUAACAGAAGAGCAACGGAAAAUAAAUCUGUGCCACCACAGUGGAGCAUAGCACACAAAUCUGAGCUAGUCUUGGAUGUGCUGAUGAAUCUAUAGAGUUGCACAGCACAAUGUAGAGACAGUAGUUCAGAUGUAGAAGCAAUAGAGCCCUGUAAAUGCAGCAUUGUGCCCCAUCCUGCUGCACAACAGUUUGUUAACUUGAAUUUGGCACCGUAUUGAUGCUGUGUUACCUCAGGGUCCAGAGCAGUCAGGCUCUCAGCUGCAGCGUAGCUAUAUUCACAGCGCUCAUGAUGGGCCUGUAUUUCAAGAGGAGUUGUGUUCUUACCGCAGCAUGUCUUUAUUCUUGCAACUUUAAUUUGCGAGUUCAGUUUAUACUCUCUUGGGGGUUUGGGCUUCGUUUUUACUUGACACAAUUUUGUGUGUUUGGAAAAAGAAAAGAUAGACAAACAAUUUGUAUUUAAAUAGUUUUGCCAACAAACUAGUUACAUGUCUGCUGAGUUCAGCUCAAGCAAGCCUAGGAUUUCAAGUCUGAGCUGCUUUGGAGAUCUGAUGAAUCAACAAAGUGAAAACUCAAAAUGAAAACUGGAAGCCCCUGUCUUCCAAAUGAUUUGUCUUUCUCAUCACAGAAUUACUGCUGAAGUUCUCUCCUAGUGCAGAAUUGGUCUGUACAUCCUAGGCCUCCUGGUGUGACAUCCUACUGGGUUUGUUUAAAACAAAGACUAUAAUUUAUGUAAGACUAACCUAUGCCUGGAGAUAUCAAUAUCAAGGGAGGGAUGCUAUGAUUUGCAUAGUCCUCUUGUGCUGAUCCACUGCUUUUUCUCUAAGACCUCCUGGUUCAGUGAGGAUUUGGUAUUGUGUACUGAAUUGUGGGACAGGGCCUGUGGGUUUAAGCAUGGCAGUCUUUUCAGCACCCUGUAUACUGAAAUCUAUGUCCAUGGUUUUGUAGCUGUCUCUCAUUUUGUAACGUGUCGGCCCUUUAUCUAGUCAGUGAUUUGAGCUGGAUGUCAUAUCAGGUGAUCCAGAAGUUAGUUUUCUUUGCUACUCUGCAAUAAAUAGAUGGUAACUAGUUCUCCAUGUCUAGUGGGUAACUUGUUUGAUGUGAAUAUGAAAAUCCUUAAUUAAAAGUGACAUUUUAAAGCAAUUUAAAUUCUUCUUUAGCAUUGAGUAUCACUCUUGGAAUGCAAUGCUGUUCGGCAUGCUUGCUCUGGGAGAUGGGUUUGCAGCAGAUAUGCAUAUGCGUUUCUUCUAAUUAAUUCUUAGUGGAAUCUCUAUAUUCAGUGCUUUUGGUUUGAAAGACUCCCCUUCCUCUCCGCUUCUUUUUCUCCUGUGCUCGCUCUUUUCAUCAUCUCUCAUCUGGUUUGAUCUGUUUUUAAAAAAAAAAAAAAAAAAUAGUAGUUGAUUUGGCCAUAGUGUUUUGUGGAGUAAUGGUGACUAUAGCCGUGUCCAAGAAACGGGUUGUUUUUAAGGCGUGGUGCUCUCAUUGCAGUGCAAUUUUACUGCUUAAUUUUUUGUGGAGAUUGAGUCUCUCUUUCAUAUUGCCAUUUCAGUGGCUUGUGGAGUGGUCAAGUUAGCUGGACUUGAUGGGUUGCACCUAUACUGAGCACGUAUUUUAAGAAGUCUGUUCAUUUAAGAAACUUGUAAUAUUAGAAAACAGAAGUUCCAUGAAAACUUUUUGAGAGAUGCUUUUCCCUGUUAUUAUUUUCAACUUGUUCUACAGAAACAUUCAAAGACAGGUUUUUGUUCCCAUGCUGAGCUCUCUUGUGGAUACAAAUUUGUACUAAAUGCAAACAUUGUGGCCCUAUGUUGAAAAUUUGCAUGGAGCAUCUCCCAGAACAUGUCUUCUAAGUUUAAUCCUUAAGGCUGGCAGGCGGAAAAAACCCACCAUGAAUUACUAAGGCAUAGACUCCUCUUCAUUUGCUGGUUCCGUGGAACUGUGUCGCAAGAAAAAACUGCUCUUCUUGCAGAAAGAAGGUGCAUAUUUAUUAGAUGUUGACUGAAAAACAGUAUUAUUUACAUUUUUUCUGUAUAUUUACAUCUUUCAUUUUUAAAGUGCUUUUCUAAGAACUCAUAUUAGAGACUUUCAGGACAAGAGGAAGAACUUGGUGAAUACAAAAAGGCUUCAUAUUUCAAGUAAUUAGAUAAAUGGUAAUUGAUAUUAGAUUAGAUUUCCAAUAUAUAAUUAAUUUUGAUAAUUAAUACCUAUAGCAAUCCAGCAAUAACAGGAAAUCUUGCCCAGGCUCUCCGAACCAAUUUCCUCUUUCAAUUUUCUGCCGGCCACCACAGAUCACACAUUUUCUGUGAGAUCCACCACUUCUUACAAAAGGAUGGGAUUUGGGAAAGCACACUGAAUAGAAAUUACAGUGUCCAGUUUAUGGGAAGGUGAUCAUUUAGGUACCUAAGUAAAUAAAAGCAUUCAUGACUCCAUCUGGGAAAGGGAUUCACAGAUCUAAUGACUCCAGAAAUACAGUAUAGAGAAUGGCUCUGUAGAUCUUUAGCUGCCUCAUACCUUUUUCUUCUGAAAAUUAUCUUUAGACACCUCUCAGAAGACAGGUUGCUAUAACUGCUUGAUAUAUGAGCUUGAAAGUAUGAUCUGAUUUGAAAUGAAUGUGAUCUGUUUUGUUGAACCACUAAAGACCUCAAUUAUUGUAGUUCUGCUCUAAAAUCCAUGUUUAAGAGAGUUUGCAUUGCAAUUGGCUUAGAAAUGCGGAACAUCGUGAUUUUCAGUUACCCUAAAAAUGCAAAUGCUUACUGAUAGCAGCCGACAUGUUUUUUCAACUUAUGCUGUAUGAUAAGGUCUAUAUAGAGUCCCCCCCCCCUCCCCCCCAUAGGUCCCCUCUUCAAUAUUCUCAAUCUUUGAAAUGCUUUUUGCAAGCAAUUAACUUUAUAUUUCCUGUAGGAUACAAAUAAUAAAGAUGUUCUUUGUUUGUCCUAGUAAACUACAGUUCAGUUGUACUGUUUCAAGUCUUCAGUGAGAUAAAGAAUAAGAUAUCUGGUGUGUGCUUUCCUCAGAUGUAGGCUGAGGAUUGUUGCAUACAAAAAAUGAGAAUGCUUUUUGUAGAGCAGCAGAUUUCAGCUUUUGAUCUCUGAACUCCUCAGGAUCUGGGGAACUAUGUCUGAAGAGUUCAUUUUAAAAAAAAAAAAAAA